AUGACAAUAAGUUAUUGCAUGAGAGAACCUUGUCAAUAUGGCUGGUGUGAGGAGACUUUACUCGGCUACUACUGUCAUUGUCCUCCAGGAUUUGGAGGAAUCAGUUGUAGUAAAGGAAUGCACACAGUUAGCUCUAUGGUGACCGCAAUGACUACCACGACUACGCCAUCACCACCACCGACACCUAUCCUCUCUACUAGCAACUUCCAAAAUAGUCUCAUGGAUUUUAAUGAAUGCUAUACAAUGGUGGAUGGAAACGAUUACAGAGGUGAGGUAUCCAUCACUCAUAGCAAUAAGACGUGUCAAAAUUGGACAUCACAGCAACCUCAUUCUCACACCCGGAACCCGGUGAAUUACCCAGACGCUGGGCUUGGAGACCAUAACUUUUGCCGCAACCCCGACGGGGAAGAGUAUGCCUGGUGUUAUACCAUGUCACCGUCGAGCCGCUGGGAAUAUUGCGACAUUGGAACCCCCAAAGAUGAAUGCACACCAGAUUCAAUGUGAAGCCCCCAUCACAUCCGAAUCAAGCAGAAUUGGCCGGAAUGCGAGGACUAUUGUUCGACCACCAGUUGGUCAUUUAAUUCUACUUCGAACACCGUUCGAAAAUACCCCUCGAAUGUUUUGAACAUGACAAAAAUCUUCGGGACGGCCAAAAAAAAUGACAAAAAUAUUUCGAAUGCACUCAGAAUGCAGUCAUAAUAUUUAGAAUGUCCAAAAAUGUAGCACGAAUUAUCAACCUGACUCCAUUGCGGUUCAUUUUGACUAGUGUAUGAUGAUUCACCUGGUCAAUUUACUGAAUUUCAACUCCAGUUUGGUGAAUUCAUAAGUUCCUCCCAAAAAAUUCUAGAUU